GGUUUGCAUAAUUAAUCGGACGCCAUCUUGCUUUUACACAUCCUUUGGGUCUAGUAGAAAAAAACAACAUUCAGAAGGUAACAGUUCUUAAAGCUCUAACAGGUUAAUUUCUCAACUAAAAAAUAUGCCAUCAGCACCAGUAAAUGCAGGUAUGUCAGCACAAGCUGAAAGUUUAAAGAAAAUCAAUGAGCAAUUACGAAGAGAGUUAAAGAUAAACCGUCAAAAGGUUUCAGAAUGUGCCCAGGAUAUUAUUUCGUUUUGUGAAAAAGAACAAAGAAGUGAUCCUUUGAUCUACAAAGUACCAGCGUCGGAAAAUCCUUAUCGUGAACGUGGAAGAGGCUGUUCGCUGCUAUGAAUAUUUUGGCUUUUGUUUUCAGUGUAAAUAAAAUUGAUCAUCAAUUUGUUGGCCAAACACAGAUCGAAAACCUCCAUACAUGAAUUUAAUGUGGACUAAAGUAAAAUAUUUUGUUGUAGAUGAAUGCUUUCUAAAAUUUUGUAUCCUUCACGUUUUUUAAACUAUAAUAUCACGGUUUCUAAUUUUACUUGUUUUUUUCAUGUUUAUAUAUUUCAGCUAUUUUUUAUGUGAUAAACGAAUUUUCAUAGGCCAAGACUUUUUUCAGUACUUUUUGGUUAGCGUGGAUUUCUUUCUGUAACAAUCACAUUUAAAAAUGUAUAGCGAAUUUUACCUCAGGAAGAUAUUUGUUUA